AUGGGGACUGAAACAAAAAUGCCAGAUGUUGUGAGGGGGACGGUCUAUGUGCACCAGGAGAGCGCUGCGGUCGUGGGCCGAGAUGGACGGCUUGAGGAGGGGGACCAGAUCCUGGCCAUCGACGGUCAAGUGUUGGACUCUUACAUCUCCCACCAGCAGGCCAUAGGUAUCCUGCAGAAGGCCACGCGCCUGGUGACCCUGGUGGUGGCGCGGGCCCCGCCUCUUGAGCAGCAGCAACAAGAGGUGUCCCUGGAGCAGGAGCAGGAGCAGCAGGAGCAGGAGGACGAGGAAGAGGAACCCCUACACCAGGAACUUGAGACCUAUCCUCCUGUGGCUCCAGUCCAUCAGGAGUCCUCCUCCACAGAAAUGCUAAACACGGAGUGGGCCCAAGUGGAGGCUAUUGACCUCAUCAACGAUGGCUCUGGCCUCGGCUUUGGGAUCAUUGGCGGCAAGUCAACAGGUGUAGUGGUCAAGACGAUCUUACCUGGAGGCGUGGCAGACAGGGACGCUCGCCUGCAGUCCGGUGACCACAUCCUGCAGAUCGGGGAUGUGAACCUGCGCGGAAUGGGCAGCGAUCAGGUGGCGGUGGUGUUGCGCCAGUCUGGCUCUCACGUCCGCCUGGUGGUGGCCAGGCCCAUAGAGCCUUCUUCCCCGGACUUCCAGGUCAGACAGGUGGGGCGGUCGGCGCCCAUUGUGGAGACGCGGGUCCUUAACGACCCUGAAGAGCUGGAACGCCGAAUUAGCAUGUUACACAACGGCUACCCUCCCGCCGUCGCUGCCUCCUCUUCCACUGCCGUUGUGGUGGUUCCCGUUGCCGUAGCUGCUGCUUCUUGUAAUAUUUAA